GAAAGAAAGCGGUGAUGGAUUCCAGUCCGUUCCUGUCAGAGGCCAAUGCAGAAAGAAUCGUGAGAACCUUGUGCAAGGUCCGGGGAGCAGCACUGAAGCUGGGACAGAUGUUAAGCAUUCAGGAUGAUGCCUUCAUCAACCCCCAUCUCCAGAGGAUUUUUGAGCGUGUACGUCAGAGUGCUGACUUCAUGCCAAUAAAGCAGAUGAUGAAAACUCUGAACAACGAUCUUGGCCCCAACUGGAGAGAUCAACUGGAGUCCUUUGAAGAACGCCCCUUUGCUGCUGCUUCAAUUGGUCAGGUUCACCUGGCACGCUUGAAAAAUGGGAAAGAAGUUGCCAUGAAAAUCCAGUACCCCGGAGUUGCCCAGAGCAUCAACAGUGAUGUUAACAACCUGAUGACUGUCCUGAGCAUGAGCAAUAUUCUCCCUGAAGGUUUGUUCCCUGAGCAUUUGAUUGAAGUCCUGAGCAGAGAGCUGGCCCUGGAGUGUGACUACCAGAGAGAAGCUGCCUGUGCAAGGAAAUUCCAGGAGCUGCUGAAAGACCACCCCUUCUUUUAUGUCCCAAGAGUAGUGGAUGAGCUGUGCAGCAAGCAUGUCCUGACCACAGAGCUGGUGUCAGGCUUCCCCUUGGAUCAAGCUGUAGGGCUGAGCCAGGAGAUCCGAAAUGAGAUCUGUCACAACAUCCUGGUCCUGUGUCUGCGGGAGCUGUUUGAGUUCAGGUACAUGCAGACUGACCCAAACUGGUCAAACUUCUUCUAUGACCCACAGUUGCACAAGGUGGCCCUGUUGGACUUCGGAGCAACACGAGGGUUUGAUGAGAAGUUCACAGAUGUCUACAUAGAGGUCAUCAAGGCAGCUGCUGACAUGGACAGAGAGAGAGUACUGAGGAAGUCCAUUGAAAUGAAAUUCCUCACUGGCUAUGAAGUCAAGGAAAUGGAAGAUGCCCACUUAAAUGCCGUCCUCAUCCUGGGAGAGGCUUUUGCGUCUGAGGAACCUUUUGAUUUUGGCAACCAAAGCACCACUGAAAAGAUCCAUGGUUUAAUCCCAGUCAUGCUGAAACAUCGGCUUGUACCUCCACCAGAGGAGACCUACUCUCUUCAUCGGAAGAUGGGGGGUUCUUUUCUUAUCUGCACCAAACUGAAGGCCAAAAUUCCCUGCAAAAACAUGUUCCAGGAGGCAUAUAGCAAAUAUUGGAGCAGUAGGGGCAAGAAGCCAGAGGAGUAGUAAGAAUGAACUAACACGUCUUGUUCUGAGGGCACAGUUCAUCUGAGCCUUGCAGAGAGCGUUCUAGCCUCCCAUGUGUUGCACCCCAGCUCUCCAUCCUCUUGAGAUGCAGCAGCCUGUGCCCUGGAAGCCAAGUGUGCAUUUCAUAAGGACAAAGCUGUUCUUUCAUGCUGUGUCUGUCCUACACUGAUUGUCAGUACAGUCCGCAGCUUGCAGGAAAAGUAUCUUCUUGAGCACUUCUGUACUGUUUCAAGGCACCAGCUGACUACCUUGAAUGCAUUUUUAACAUUGUGAUGGUGGCUGUGUAUUGAUUGGGUUUUAUAACGAGUAGGAGGAGGACAAGAGCAGAAUUUAAUACUGAAAUCUCUUUGUAAUUGUCCAAAAAUAGUGUUUUUUUAAAAAACUUCCCUCUUUCAUGCUAAGGUGGAGUUCUAGUAGUUUUCGUACUGUGAAUUAUACAAUGAAAUACCAAGGUGUACCCUACCACAGACACAUUCAGCACUUCCCCCCCAUUUUUGUAAGUCAAGUGGUGGCAGUCUAAGAACCCUCCUGCAUUUUACUGACAUUGAUAUAAUGCAAGGGGUGUGUGUGUGUACAUAGGGUGAAGUUUUAUGCUUUCUGCCUCUUCUUGGCUUGCAAGCUAACCAUAGGAAAUAUUUUAAAAGUCUGAGAAUUGAGUGCCAGUCUCUUUUAAACACACACGUACACUCACACAACCCCUCUCAGUUCUGGGAGUAAAUACGCAAUCAACAGAGCUAUAUCAGAGCACAAAUAGUGGGAUUCUUCACUGUUUGGUAGGCAUUGGCUUUCCUGAGGGCAAGUUAGAUAAGCUACAACUCUGACACCAAUUGCUUGCUAGACUCCUAACCAAGAACCUAGUCUGUCUCUUUUCCUGUAAUGCAGAACUUAGGGCAAGGCAGACAAACAUGUAAUGUCUCUCAGCAGCAUUUCAAGCUUUUGCUGAAAUGUCACACAUUUAAAACCAGAUGCACAGUUUUAAACUAUUGGAGUCAAGCUAGGAAAUUUACUUUCUUAGAUUUUUGUACAACGCCUGUACCUGUAUGACUUCCUGAUUUCAAUAAAAAAGUGCUUGUGCAGUGG